AUGUACCACCAUCAGUUGGAGGCUCUUCGAGAAAAAGAAGCUGCUUCAAAAAUGAUUAUUGGUGGGGACUACAUGAAUGCCAGGCAAAAACUGCUAAAAGCCCAGCAGCUUUUUCCAGCGCUAGACCAUAUUGUUCCUAUGCUGACUGUAUGUGACAUACUAUCAGCUGCCAGAAUCAAUAUUCCUUUUUAUGAUGUUGAUCAUUACUGGGUUCUUCAGCUUAUGCCCUCCUCUACAUUAUGUGAUGUGAGAUGUCGGUACCAGAAAUUUGUGAAAUUGUUGCAACCUAUCAAGAAUAAGUUUCCCGGCACUGAGUUGGCGCUUAGAUUUGUAGUGGAUGCCUUCUUUAUGCUUUCUGACCCAGGUAAGCGCUUUGAUUUUGAUAUGAAGCGAGGUACUAGUUGGGAGGGAUACGAAUCAUUUGAUAUGCAGACAUCAACCUGUCAUGGUAUCCCUGGUGAGGAGAGAGGAAUCACUGCUGAAAUCUCUUCCACACAUGACAAGGUUUCUUUUGUCCAAGGUUUGGAUGCGAGGAAUGAAAUGGGUUUGCCAACAGAUAGGGUCAGAGAUUUGGGAUCCAAGCUACAAGCCAAUCACAACAUGAAGGAAAAUCAUGUUAAUAUUAGCCUCAGUGAACCUAGUUCUUAUUCCUCUGAUCUGAACUCUGAAAGGAACACACGAGAGAACAUAGAUAUGCCUGUGAAUGAUGUUAAUUCACCACCAGUAUUGUAUCAAAAUAGUUCUGGUGGAAAUCCAUCAUGGUAUGUGCCCGAAAAAAGGCUUGAUCAAGACUUUUAUGAGUUUGGGAAAAAUAGGAAAUCUGAGCAUUUUAAAACACUGCAAAUAUGGGCAGCUCAUUAUCAGUCAACUGAGCCUCAAAAUUUUCGAUAUGCUCAAAUUAAUGACAUUGCGGAAUCUGCAGUAAGUGUUACAUGGCUGAAACCAGUCCCUGUUGGUGAAGGUGAGAGAAGAUGGUGUGAAGCUGGCUUACCUGUUGCCUGCGGAUCCUUUUGUUUGGAUUUAGAUAUGAGUGAAAAUGUGGUCUCACCAUUGGUAUUUUCUUACAUUUGCUCUUGGGUUCAUGGAACAACAAUGGAACAGUUUGAGAUAUAUCCCAGGAGAGGAGAAGUUUGGGCAUUGUACGAGGAUUGGAACCUUGAUGAAUGGUCCUAUGAUCCUGGCAUUCUUAAAUGUUGCAAGUUUAAGUUGGUUGAAAUCCUCUCUGACUUCUCGAAAUAUUUGGGUGCAAAUUGUGCAUGUUUGGUGAAAGUGGAUGGUUUCAAGAGUGUCUUUCAGCAACGAUUAGAGGAAGGAGAUCCUGUCGUGCUUCACAUCUCCCCAAAUAAUUUUUACAUGUUAUCUCACAAUGUGCCAGCAUAUAGGUUUACUGGUGGAGAGAUUGACGGAGCUGUUAGGGGGAUGUUCGAACUUGACCAAUUGGCCUUGCCAGAUGAUACAGUACAAGAUAUGGACAGUCAAGUGACACCAAAGGAGGGGAACUCUGAAAGUUCUUUUUUUACUAACCCUGUUGAACAGCUUCCUACUAUGACAUCAUGUAUAGAAAGCAAAAUUUUGGGGCCUAAUUGGUCACCAAAUUACUUUGCUACAGGUCAGGUGUGGGCUGUGUACUGUGGGAGAGACUUGAUGCCUCGGCAAUACAUACAGUUGGACAAGGUGAUCUCUGGGAGUCAAGUUUGUGUAACAUUCUUGGAACCUUUGCCCAGUUUUGAUUAUGAGUCGACGUGGAUGGAUAAAAACUUACACCUUGCAUGCGGAGUAUUUAGAGCUAGUGGAACCACUGUCAACCUGGAAAUGUCACAGUUAUCCCAUCAAGUUAAUUGCCAACAAAGUACAACUAGGCCCAUAUUCAAAAUUUACCCAGUGAAGGGAGAGAUUUGGUCAGUGUACCGAACUUGGAAUAAUGAGGGGAAGCACACUGAUUAUGAAACAUACCAGUAUUGGGUUGUUGAAAUCCUAUCUGACUUUUCUGAAGGAGAAAGAAUGAGGAUAGCUAGACUGGCGCAGGUGGAGGGUUAUCUUACUUUCUUCCAAAGGCACCAACAUGACGGGUUUGAUCUGACUCGGGCAGUUUCAAAAACUGAGACGCUUCGUUUCUCUCAUCAAAUCCCAGCUUUCAGGGUGCCUGGGAUCGGACGCCAUGGCAUUCCAGAAAGUUCUUGGCAUUUGGAACCUAAUGCUUUGCCCACCAACCUUGGAAAUUAAAUCAGAAAGAUGAGGGUC